CUUGGUCCAUAAAAGGGGCCAACCCAGAGAACUGAAAGUGCGAUUACAGAGCAGAGGAAGUGAGCUAGGAAGGGAGAUGGGAGAAGAACUGAAGCUAUUCAGAACGUGGUCGACUCCAUUCGCUCUGAGAAUAGUAUGGGCGUUGAAGUUGAAAGGAUUAGAAUACGACACCGUUUACGAAGAUCUGGCCAACAAGAGUCCCCAGCUUCUGGAGUACAACCCGGUCCACAAGAAGGUCCCGGUUCUGGUCCAUGGCGGAAAACCGGUUGCUGAAUCGCUUGUCAUUCUGGAAUACAUCGAUGAAAUGUGGAAGCAAAAUCCAUUGCUGCCUCAGGAUCCUUACCAGAGAGCCGCUGCUCGAUUUUGGGCUAAAUUUGGGGAUGAGAAGGUUUUGGCAUCUAUAAGGAAAGUGCUGAUGAACCAAGGGAAAGUGAGAGAGGAAGGUGUAGAAGAAGCCUCGGAGAAUAUGAAGCAUUUGGAAGGAGAGUUGGAGGGAAAGAGGUUCUUUGGAGGGGAAGCCAUUGGGUUCGUGGAUAUUGCACUUGGAUGGCUUGCAAACAUAGUGAGUGUAGUGGAGGAAGUGAUUGGAGUUGAGCUCAUAACCGAGCAAAGGUUUCCCCUGUUGUGGAAAUGGAUACACGAAUUUGCUGCUGCGCCUAUCAUAAAUGAAACCUGGCCGCCUAGAGACAAGCUUGUCGCCCGGUACCAAGCAAUUGAUCAAAUCUCUAUGAGUAAACAAGCGUAACAAUUAUGAUCAUACAAUGCAAACAAUAUGGACACACGUUCUUGUGAGUUUAUAAAUUUGUGUGAAUUUAAUCUGUAAACGUACAAUCUCACCGAUAGUAGAUAUUAUCUUCUUCGAGCUUUCCCUUUCGUGCUUCCGAUAGUAGAUAUGGGUAGACGUUCCCUUUCGUCCUUGUUGCUGGCACACCGCUCGGUCGCUAGCACUCGUUCCUCUCUCCAAUUGAUAUGGAAUCUCACAUAAUUUAUGCAAGACUCAAUAUUGUACGACGUGAGUUUGGAAUGUAAGUUUAUAAUUUGUAGAA